GAUUUUUGGAUAUUUGUUUCAAACUUAGAUUUUAAUAUUUUAUAAAAUGUACAACUCUAACAGACCUAAUUUUUCUGAUCAUAAUCUUGAAAGAGUUUCCGCUAAUAAUAGAAACCAUUACAAUGCUACAAGAAAACCUAAACCAUUAAAAUCAAGAAAUCCAAAGGUUGAUAAUCGGUCACCAAGUUGUAAUGAACAAAUAUCUGAAUUCUCUCCAUUUCAGUGGAAUCAAUCCAAUCAACGAUUAUAUCCUACCAUGUCUGAUUCUGCUGUUUGUGGUUAUCCUGUUCCAGUUAAUAUACCCGUUGACCCCCGCUUUCAUACCUUAUAUCCUAUAUAUCAACCAUACAUGUCAGUUGGUAUUGGCAGAGAAUAUUUAGAACCCAGUCAACAUAUGUCAUCCAGAGAUCAAUUUACUAGUUUACCUCCUAUUAAUAUUGCAGACAACGAAUCUGAAAUUAAACGUACGCAUAGUGAUCCCGGUUUAAAUAAUCAAGAUGAUAAAUUUGAACUACUUAGUAGUGAAUCAGAUCAAGAAUCGUAUGAUACCUACUAUGCUAAUGAAGUGGCCGAAUUAAAAAAGGAUAAUCAGAGAUUAGCUAAUGAAUUAGAAUUAGUGAAAAUUGAAUUAAGAAAUUUGAAAUUGGAUAUAUCAAGUAAAAAUAAUGACAGAUGUGGUUGUGCAGAUCCAGGAUCUAUUACAAAUAUCGUUCAAGAAAUAAGAGCAGCACAUAAAUUAAUGGAACAAACAUUAGAGUCAAGAUUAAAUUCAUUUAAUGCUAAUAAAAAUGAAAUUACUAAUGAUAGUUCUCAAUUAUCAUUAAUAAAUGAGCGGCUAGAAAGAUUAGAAAAAUCGAGUGACAAAUCAAAAAGAUUGGACUCAGAUAAAAGAUUAGUUAAAAUUAAUAACUCAUCAAAAAAAAGCUCUGCUGUAACAGCUUUGUGAAUUAGGUAAAAAAAAAAAAAUAUGCAAAUUAAAAAUCAAACAUAAUAACAAAUAAUGCCAUACAUAAUUUAACUCAAUAUUAUAUUAAUUGAAAUGUCAUA